GCCGAGGGAUCGUUGCAAGCGCGCUUCAUACGAGGAAGGGCAAAGUGCGUUUCGAAGGAAGUAGACAAGGAGGCGGUUGUGGUGGUGGUGGUGGUGUUGGUGGUGGCAGCUGUUGCUGCUUUCGGGGGCGAGAAGAUGAUUCGCGUGGACGAAACCGAUCCUGUUGGCGAACUCGAGCCGAGCUUUCCCUACCGAGAUGUCAUUGUGCGCAAAAACGUCGAGUUCAAGGAGUACUACGACAUAGAAUCGGAAAUCGGCAGAGGGAAGUUUGGCACGGUGUACCGUUGCAAGGAGAAAAAAACCGGGCUGUCGCUCGCGACUAAGGUGGUCAACGCCACGAGAAAGGAGGACAGACGGGACGUCGAGCGCGAGGUCGACAUCAUGAGGAAGCUCCAGCAUCCCCGGCUCAUACAACUCUACGACGCCAUAGAGCACGGCAAACAAAUCUACGUCGUCCUCGAGCUGAUCGCGGGGGGCGAGCUGUUCGAGAGGGUCAUAGACGACGACUUCGUCCUGACGGAGCGCAGCUGCGCCGUGUUCAUGAGGCAGAUCUGCGAGGGAAUCGAGUUCGUCCACUCGCAAAACAUCCUGCAUCUGGACAUGAAGCCGGAAAAUAUACUCUGCCUGACGAAGGAGGGCAACCGCAUCAAGAUCAUCGACUUUGGUCUGGCGCGCGAGUACGACCCGAAGAAGAAGCUCCAGGUGUUGUUCGGCACGCCGGAGUUUGUCGCUCCGGAGGUCGUCAAUUUCGACCAGAUCGGCUUCGGCACGGACAUGUGGAGCAUCGGCGUCAUCUGCUACGUCCUGUUGUCGGGGCUGUCGCCGUUCAUGGGAGACACGGACGUCGAGACGAUGGCCAACGUGACCAUAGCGAAGUACGACUUUGACCACGAAGCCUUCGCCGACAUAUCCGAGGACGCCAAGGACUUUAUCAAGUGCCUACUGGUCAAAGACAUAACAAAUCGAGCUAGCGCGAGGCAGUGCCGCGAGCAUCGUUGGCUCGCCCGCAAACAGCCUCCCGUCCCAGCAGCAACGGUCGCCUCGACCACACCGAUCAUCGGCGCGCUGCCGGCCGGUCCGUCGCCACCCGCGGUCCAAGCCACCCCCGCGGCCUCGACGAGCUCCUCUAACCUCGAACUCGACGUGACAAAGGACAACCUCCGCCUGUUCGUGGAGCGUUGGCGCGAGCACCCGGACAGCCCGUACAACAUCGAAAACCCGAGCGUCGAGCGUCAAGCCUCCCAGGAGACGGCCUCCCUUGGCGGGCAGAGCCCCUCGCCCUGUGGCAGCAUAUGCAGCGCCGAGAGCCGCAGCAGCGCCGACAACAGUAGCAGCAACAACAGCGACACCUCUGGUGUUUACUGCCCACAGAGCCUCGACGCGGGCUGUUACCUUCUGCCCGAGCUGUCGCUCACCGCGUUCGAGAGGCGGGCCUCCGAGGGCGGCAGACUCAACGACAAGAAGAAGGGCUUCGAUCCCGCCUCCCAGAUCCUCCUCGCCGAGGAGAUCAUCCGGCUCUCGGAGCACCUGAGGUCCAUCGCCGUCGCGCCGGUCGGCACCGAGAAACCGAGUGCCGGUCCCACCCCCAAAGAUAACAGUCACAAUACGGGGCGCAAGGAGGAGCCCAACGAAAUAUCGGAGAAGCUGUCGAGCAUAGAGCGCCAGAGGAAGCUCAACGGCACGACCUUCAACGAAAGCCGCAACCUCGACAAGUACAGCAACGACUCGAGCGUUGGUAGCUUUUUCUCCCUGAGGCGGUCCUCCAAGGCGAGCAGUAGUAACAGCAGUAGCAACAGUAGCGGCAGCGCGACGGCCACGAGCGUCAAUAGUGGUAGUGCCGGUAACUCGGUGGCAAAGCCAUCAGGAUCGGCGACGACGAACAGUAGGGAAGACAGGGGUAACGAGUGGCCGGGCGUGCGAAUGAUGCGGGAGAUGGAUCUGACCCCGGCGUGGAGGCAGUCGGCGAGAGUGAAGCGGCGCUUCGGGGAGACGUGCAGGGACGUGCCGCGGAUCGCGAGGCUGCAGGACCUGCACAAGAAUAUGAGCCUCAACGAGCCGACGAGCACGAAGAACCUGCUGCUACAGUUGAUCGACGAGUGGAGCGAGGUGCGCCGGCCGGCCGGUCUCGGUGGCCGCAAGAGCAUCAGCCUCGACUGGUGCGGCGAGGAAUCGGUCGCCCGCAAGUCCAUCAACUCGCUCGCCGAGUACUUCCAGUCCGAGCAGCAAAAGGUCGCUGCGGCAGCUGGUAGUGCGAGCUCGAUACGCUGAACUUCAGCAGGGUGGGUCUGCGCGUGGGGGUGUUGGUUGGAUUUUCAUUUUUCUCUCUCUCUUUUUUUUUUUUUUUUUUUUUUUUUUUUU